AUGGACUUCAGUGUUUUUUCUCUUUUGGUGAUGGAAAUCAUUGCUUUACAUUGCAGUUCAGAGGACACUUCUGGCUUCAUUGUUUCACUACUUUUUGGUCUUGGUCCGUUGCUUGGUGGCAUUGUUCUUGUUGCAUUUGCUCUUGCUUUUCAUCUUCAGCAUGCGCUUCUAACUGGUGUGGCCUCUGGCAUUGCCUUUGUCCUUGGUGCCUGGAGACCACUGCAGCUACUUCUGUCUUUGAAGAUGGGUUUUUCCCCCAUUAUGUUGCUUCUUGCCGUGGGAUCUGCAGCUGUCCAUAUAUCAACUUCCAGUGCUUUGAAGUUUGCAGGUCGCAAAAGGACUUCGGCGGAUGCUUUAUCCGCUGUGACAAGCUUGUCGGUUAGUGCCCUCACACUACAGUCAUUCUUGUCUUGUGUUGCGGUUGCCCUCCAUGCCCUUGCCGAGGGGCUGGCAUUAGGAGUGGCUGCACCUAAAGCUUAUGGACUUGGUCGGCACAUGGUACUUCCUGUUUCAUUGCACGGACUGCCUCGGGGUGCUGCUGUGGCUAGCUGCAUUUUCGGAGCAACUGACAGCUGGCAUGCAUCCCUUGUAGCGGCUGCAAUGAUUGGUUUUGUCGGCCCAUUAUCCGCCAUUGGAGCAAUACUUGGGGGAAUUGACUACAGUGGUCUGGACCAUUUGAUGGUGUUUGCAUGUGGGGGAUUGCUGCCUUGUUUUACGAGCAUUGUCAGGAGAGCAGUGAAGUUAGAUAAACGAAAGAGCAUUUUUGGGCUCAUUAUGGGCGCGGCAUUUGCCAGUAUGUGCCUGACAUGCACCAAGUUGGUUUGCUUGCACACAUCUUAUUGCAACUCUGCACCUGAGGCUGUCCGAUGA